UGCUGCUGCUGCUUCUGCAUUCCGUUGAAAAGCCCCCGAUUCCUUCUUUCUUUUGCUCUCAGUCCUCCACCACCGAUAAGUUCCCCAUCUAUUCCGCCACAUCCACAUCACAGUAAACAAGACCCGCUAUCAUCAUGGCAUUCUCCAACCCGUUCGCCCGUGAUGUCGAGGGCACUCGCAGGAACAUCACGGCCUACAGGAUCUUGUCUCUCGUGUCGUGGAUCCUCCAGUUCGUCACGACCCUCUACUACAUGAACCACGUCCCUACCGACGGACAUACGGGACACCACAACCUCUUCGGUUACUACAACACUCCGUUCACGUUGAGCCAUGUGUUCGUCGGCAUCUACUGGAUUGCACUGUGGCUGUUGCAGGUCGUCUACGUCUGGCACCUGUUCAGGAGCGACGAGACUGCCGUCAACUCUGCCGCCUCCGUCGGAAGCCACUUCAUCACCUACAACCUGCUCCAGUUCGUGUGGGUCAUGCUCUGGACCCGCGGCCACACCAUCCUCUCGGAGAUCGUCCUGAUCGUCAACUUCUUCCAGCUCGUCGCCGUCUACUUCCGCAACCCGACGGCUCCUCGCUUGAUCCAUCUCCCUGUUGCUGCCAUGCCCUUGACCUUCUCGUUCUUCAUGAUCCUCUGGAACGGAUCGGUCAUGCUCCACUGCCACGGACUCGUCUGCCGCGUGUUGGCCAACGUUGCCGUCUGGGGAAUUGCCGCGUUCGCUGGCUUCUUCCUGCUCGCUUUCAAGGACUACUACGUCGGCUUCGCCACUGCUUUCCUCGCCGCCGGCUUGGGUGUUGGGUGAGCACUAACUCUGUCUAUUGUUUCCCCUUGCCUAGAUGCAUCGUGCUGAUUUUGAACAGACAAUUCUUCACCAAAGUCAUCGCCCUCCAGUGGCCGUUCGCCUUCGCUGUCAUGUCGAUCGUCUUCCUUGCCAGUGUCGCCGUCGCUGUUCCCGGCAUCAUGGGCAACUCGGACAACAC